CAUAGUUGCAACGCUUGUCUUUACAAUGUCUGGAAUAAUGGAUAACCUAAUAAGGCAAUAUUUUGAUCAGGGGAUGACACAGGCAGAGAUUGCAUUAAGUCCUUUAAUAAGGAAUAAUUUCAAAAUUAGUCCGCGGCACCUCCGCAGAAGACUGGCCCGGCUUCGUCUGUAGGCCUACCGACGGAGAUAUAGCGAUCCAGCUGAGGUCGUAGAGUUCAUCUCGAGUCUUAUGAACGGACCAGGACGGCUUCAUGGCUACCGUAUGAUGCGCGCAAGGUGCCUUUUAGCUGGAUUCCGUGUCAGUCGGGAUGUCGUUACGGAGAUCCAGACCACCUUUGAUCCCGUGGCCGUGCAUCGUCGGAAAGGCAGGAGACUGCGGCGAAGAUCAUACAGUGUUCCGGGGCCUAAUUACGUAUGGCACAUGGAUUCAUACGACAAGCUCACCCCCUUUGGCAUUGGGGUGAACGGGUGCAUCGAUGGAUUUUCGAGGUAUAUAAUUUGGAUGGAAGCAAACUCUACCAACAGCAACCCGUGCGUAAUCGUAGCCUAUUUUAUGCAAACUGUCUGUAAACUCGGAGGCUGCCCCAAAAUCCUGAGAUCAGAUCAUGGAACAGAAAAUGUCCAUGCCAACAGAAUACAGACUUUUUUCAGGGAAGAUGACACUGGAGAUGCCCCUGGGCCCCCUUUUGUUAUACAAGGAAGGAGCACGGCAAACCAGAGAAUCGAAUGUUGGUGGGGGAUGUACAGGAGACAGAACGUGGACUACUGGCGAGACGUCUUCAGAGAGUUCCAAGCUACGGGUGAUUUCAGCGGUGAUUUCGUCGACAAGGGUCUUGUGCUAUUCUGUUUCCUGAAGAUUACACAGGACGAGCUGGACACAGUGGUGCAAAUGUGGGACAACCAUCGCAUUCAUCCGGGAAGGAAUGGACGUGAUGUCUACCAUGGCAAGCCAGUGAUGAUGUACAACGUACCUGAGCUGUAUCAUGCACAGAAUUAUCUGCAUCCAGUUGAACUGGACAAAAUAAGCACAAUCCUAGGUGAAGACAUUUGCCAGUGGAAAACAGAUAUUUCAUGUGACAUUGACCUACAUGACUUGUGCUUGAUGGUGAUGGAGGAACACAACUUGACUCACCGCCCUGGAGCUGAAGGAGCCAUUAAACUCUACAAAGACCUGAGGCCAUUGAUAAGGGCACUCCUGGAAGAAGCGGAUGACUGAUCAAACAUAUU